CAACGCCGCGGCGCUGCCGCCUUCGUGUUGGCAGUACAUCUCGAUCCACCCGGCCAUCCAGCGCGUGGAUGUGCCCGAGUUCAUGAUUGGCGAUGCUGGUAUGGACGAGGACUGCCUCACGGCUAGCGUGUGGGCCCCUGCCGGCGCCGUUCCCGUCACCGGCGAGCAGCAAGCUUCCGGAGAGGGACUCCCAGUCACCAUCUGGUUCUACGGUGGCGGCUUCGAGACCGGCGGCACCGAUGUACCCUACCAGAUGCCCCAGAACUGGAUUCAGCGCUCUCAGUCGCACAUUUUUGUCACCUUCAACUACCGCAUGAAGCUCUUUGGUUUCCCCAACUCGGCCGCUCUCAAGGAGUGAAACCUCGGACUCAUGGAUCAGCGCUUCGCCGUCGAGUGGAUCCGGGAUAACAUCGCACAGUUUGGCGGUAACCCGGAGCGGAUGACUAUCUGGGGCCACUCGGCCGGUUCCAUCGCCGUCGACUACUACAGCUUCGCGUACGCCGAGGACCCCAUCGUCCGAGGCCUCAUCAUGGACUCUGGCACGGCGCACCUGGACCAGCUGAUGAACCACGACGAGACCCACUCCAACUUCACGUGCGUCGCGCAGCAGCUUGGUUGCGGCAACUCGACGACCGCCGAGGCUGAGUUGGUAUGCAUGCGCAAGAUUCCUGCAGAGAAGCUUGAGAACUUUGUGGCUACUUACAAGGAUUCCGAGGUCACGCCUACUAUUGGUUUCUCUCCUCAGGUUGACAACAAGAUUGUCUUUGCCAACUACACCGAGAAGGCUGCGCUUGGCGAGCUUUCCGAUCUUCCUGCGAUCAUUGGUUUCAAUGCCGCAGAGGGCCUGUUUCUCGCUCCUUACGAUGCCGAGAACGGCCCCGACCCCGCUGUCGCGGACGCCUUGUCCUACCAGUUCUUCUGGUGCCCUGCUACCAAGACCACCAAUGAACGUCUGGCUGCCGGAAGAACAACCUACCGCUACUACUACUCUGCCGUGUCCAACAACACCUCGCCACGCUCAUGGAUGGGUGCUUACCACGGCAGCGAGCUACCCAUGAUCUUUGGCACACACGCCGACUUCCGCGGCAACUCAACCACCUUUGAGUACGCGCUCAGCCGCGUCAUGAUGGAUGCGUAUGCCGCCUCUGUCAAGGACUCGACUGCAGGUCUGGAUGCUAUCGGAUGGGCUGCUUACACGGCUGAGGAUCGUCUGGUUCGUAGCUACGGCCAGAACAACAACGUCACCGUUGGCAAGCGCACUCUGUCUGACAUUGAGACCGAGUUUGCUACCUUGGGGCUUCUGUAGAUAACUUAGAAACUGGCUUCUCUGAUAGCUAGUCUUUCUUACUUCUUGUCAAUAAAUUGAGAAUCAUGAUUCACG